AAGUCAUCGUUAUUAAGCCGAGUGUUGCCUACAUAAAUCGCUCGUCUUUUGCAUUUGCCUCCCUUCUCUUUUUACAAUUUUAUCUUGGAAUUGUUCUGUUAAAUAUUACUACGCACUUCGGCUUCGACAGUUUAAAAAGAUUUCAAGUGUAAUAUAAACGUGACUAAGUGUUAAGGUGAAUAUUAAAGUGAAAGAACAUGGCACCAAUAGGUUGGAUAUGUUGUAGGCGUAGCCCAAAUUCAGUUCUAUCAUUAACUGAACAACCAGAUGGGGCAUUUGACUAUGAUUUGGUGGUGAUUGGUGGAGGUUCAGGGGGUUUGGCAUGUGCCAAGGAAGCAGUAAACCAAGGUGCGCGAGUAGCUGUAUUAGACUAUGUAACUCCGUCACCACAAGGAACCAAGUGGGGCCUUGGGGGGACAUGUGUGAAUGUUGGAUGUAUUCCAAAGAAGUUGAUGCACCAAGCAGCAAUACUAGGAGAAAGUAUACAUGAAGCCGUAGCAUACGGUUGGCAGGUCCCAGCAUUAGAUCAGAUCAAAAUAAACUGGACAGCACUCACCGAAUCAGUACAAAAUCACAUUAAAUCCGUCAACUGGGUAACCAGAGUUGACCUUCGGGAUAAGAAAAUUGACUAUAUCAAUGGCUUGGGUGAAUUUAAGGAUCCGCAUACAGUUGUCGCGACGAUGAAGAACGGUAGCAAGAAAGAAUUGACUGCAAAGAAUGUUGUGAUAGCGGUGGGGGGACGGCCUCAUUACCCAGAUAUUCCCGGCGCAGUGGAAUAUUGUAUAAGCAGUGACGAUAUAUUCAGCUUGGGACACCCCCCUGGCAAAACAUUGGUGAUUGGAGCUGGAUACAUCGGUCUCGAGUGCGCCGGCUUCCUCAACUCCCUUGGUUUCCCGGCAACAGUGUUGAUCCGUUCGGUACCUCUGCGUGGUUUUGAUCAGCAAAUGGCUUCGAUGGUCACAAAUGAGAUGGAGAUGAAGGGAGUCCAGUUCCACCACAAGUGCAUACCUGUCUCAGUUGAGAAACUGGAGACUGGACAGCUGAAGGCAAAGUGGCUGAAUACCGAGACACAGAAGGAGAGCGAAGAUGUGUUCGACACAGUACUGAUGGCAACAGGACGGUAUGCACUCACCAAACAACUCAACUUGGAUGCAGCUGGAGUUUCAACUUUAUCAACAAACGGAAAAAUCGUAGCUGACACGGAACAAACAAACAUACCACACGUAUAUGCAGUCGGUGACGUGUUGGAAGGUAGACCCGAGCUGACUCCGGUGGCCAUUCAUGCCGGAAAACUGUUGGCGAAGAGAAUGUUCGCAGGGGGAAACCAGCAGAUGGAUUAUGAGAAUGUGGCCACCACUAUCUUCACUCCGCUCGAGUAUGGAUGUGUGGGACUUAGUGAGGAAACCGCUGUGCAAAGAUUCGGAGCUGACAACCUGGAGAUAUACCACGCGUAUUACAAGCCCACCGAGUUCUUCAUUCCCCAACGGAACAUUCGCAAUUGCUAUUUGAAGGCCGUGGCCUUGAGGGAGGCCCCGCAGCGCAUUCUAGGGCUCCACUUCGUGGGCCCCGUGGCUGGAGAGGUCAUCCAGGGCUUCGCCGCAGCUGUCAAGUGUGGUAUAACAAUGGAGCAAUUAAUGAACACAGUGGGAAUCCACCCAACUGUAGCCGAAGAGUUUACUCGGCUUAACAUCACCAAGAGGUCUGGCAAGGACCCCAACCCCGCUUCUUGUUGCAGUUAAAUCAGAUAGUAAUCUAGAUGAACAUAAUUGUGGACGGACAUAAUUGGGGAUAGACAUAAUUGUGGUCGGACAUAAUUGUGGUCGGACAUAAUUGUGGGCGGACAUAAUUGUGGACGGACAUAAUUGUGGACGGACAUAAUUAUGGACGGACAUAAUUGUGGACGGACAUAAUUGUGGUCGGACAUCAUUGUGGGCGGACAUAAUUGUGGACGGACAUAAUUAUGGACGGACAUAAUUGUGGGCGGACAUAAUUGUGGUCGGACAUAAUUGUGGGCGGACAUAAUUGUGGACGGACAUAAUUAUGGACGGACAUAAUUGUGGACGGACAUAAUUGUAGACGGUCAUAAUUGUUGUCGGACAUAAUUGUUUACAUCUCCGCUAUGCACAUAUGCUUUGUGAACAUUGCUUUAAUACCUCACUCAAAAAAUCCGUCUUCGUAGUUAAAAAAUAAUUUCUCGAGUGUAAUAUCAGGGUUUUUAUUGGUUCAAGAACAAGCUUAAUUCAAACAAAUUAUUUACUAUUUAUUAAUAAGUACAUACACAAAGCGGGCAUUUAUAAUUUAUUGAACUUUUGGGUGCUCACCUCUCUUGCCUGUUUAAUGUACAAAAAAGAACAGUUCAAAUUGCAAUUAAAUGUCAUUUUCAAUGAAUUAGUGACGUUUGUAAGUUUUCACAUUCACCCAGUAUUAUUGUUUUCAUUGUUAGUACAUUCCGGCGUACGCGCCGAAUAACCGAACGUAAUUAUUUGUUAUAUUAUUGUAAUAAUUCUUAAUAAAGUGAUAUAUUUGUA